AUGGACGGUGACGAUGACAUAAACCCUUUUCGCACAGAGGACGACGUCUCCCCAGCAAUAGAAGACGAUGACGAAGGAUCUACCCCGCAGGACACAGACCAACCCAAGCCACUGAGCAUCUCCCCACUCCCAACCACGAACAAGCCCUUCCCUUCACCCUAUACUGCUCCUCAGCAGAGGACAGAACCGUGUUGCACCAGGGAUAUGUGGCUUCACUCGGGGGAAGAUGUCGAGAUCCUCGUCGUGGACGCGCUCAAGACUUCCGAAGGCUCUUCCUCGUCCUACAUCGUCUAUGUCAUCCGUACAGGAAACGUUGAGGCCCGCCGCCGUUACUCGGAAUUUGAGUCCCUCCGCACCAGCCUGGUCAAGCUCUACCCCGCCAUGAUCGUCCCCCCCAUCCCGGCAAAACAGUCUAUUGGGGAAUACGCGGUAAAGCAGAACAAGGCCAAAGAAGACGCGGCAAUGAUUGCACGCAGGAAGAGGAUGCUCCAGGUAUUCCUGAAUCGCGUCGCGAAGCAUCCAAUCUUGUCGAACGAACAUGUCUUUCAUCGGUUUUUGGACAGGGACGUCUCUUGGUCCGAAGUACUCCACUCCCCACCCCUCUCCCAACUACCCAAGAAUAUCCUCAAAGCCCCGGCGCACAACCCAACCGAUACAUCCUCCGCCUCGGUCUACGCGGCUAUCCCCACUCCUUCCGCUGCCCAGCCGCUCCGCCGUCCUGACCAGCGGUUCCUCGACUCGGAAGCAUUUACGAACAAGUUUGCAAAUCAUGUCAGUGGGACUAUGGAGAGAGUUACCAGGCGGACGAUGAAGCGCUGGUCGGAGUUUUCCCAUGAUUAUUCCGAGUUGGGGGCGGCUUUGAAUGGGUUCAGCCUUACGGAGGGCGGGUCGCUCGCCAAUGCGAUGGAAAAGACCGGCCAGGCGGUCGACGCGACUUACAUGUCUACAUCGAAACUGCUCCAGGAACUCGAGCAGACGUGGUACGAGUCCCUGCAGGAAUACGCCCAGUUCUCGGCGAUCAUCAAGCGGCUCCUGCAGUACCGGCACCAAAAGCACUUGCAGUACGAGCUUACUCAGGAACUGCUGGACACGAAACGCGAGUCGCUGGACGACCUGGAACGGAACGAGGCUGAGGCUAAGAGGCUCGAUACGGCCCUGUCGGGCAGUAUGCAUCAUGAUGCUGCUGCUAGGCGGUCUUCCGAGAUUGAAGCGGAGGAGGCCAGUGCGGAGCCCAACGACACAGCGGCAGGGGAACAGCAGGAAGAAGAAUCUCCCUUCCCUUCAGGGUCGAUAACCCGUGCUGCUGCACCUCCGGCUAGACGGCGCGCCCCUGGGUUCGCACUGCUUAACACGCUGUCGCAUUCCUUGCAGGGGAUUAUCGAUGCUGACCCUGAGGCUGCGCGGAGGAACGGGAUUAGCAAGACGAGAGAUACGAUUUCCCAGCUGGAAGACGCGCUCCAAGCCUCUGCCCAAGAUCUGCGCUAUACCUCGCAAACGAUCCAAGCUGACCUAGACCGUUUCCAGCGGCAAAAAGUUGCCGACCUGAGGGAUAUGGCACUGACCAUGGCUCGCGUGCACAGAGACUGGUGCAAGAAGAAUAUGGAGUCGUGGCAGGAAGCUAGGGCCGCGGUGGACGCUAUUGAACCCCAUCCGAAUCGUCCUAAUGCGCCGGAGGUUGCGCCGGCGCCCGUUCAGCCACAUGAGAGCACUUAGAUACCCUGCGCACGGAUGGCGUGCGAUACGACUGCAAAGG